UUAACUCAGACCCAGUUUCCAAUUGGUAGUGGUCGUGUCAAGAUGAAGGUGGUGGCCGUCAGAGGUACGAUCUUCGUAGCUCUUAUCGUCGUGGGAUCGUCCAGUCCCCACCUCAUCCAACCGAAAGGUCACGACGACUUUGACGACCAAAAAUCCCAUCAACCAACUCAUGCACCACAGUACUACCAAGUUCACCAACCCAUCAUUCUUCAACCGAUCCCUUACAGUGGUCUUUAUGGUGGAGGAAUUCAAGGUAGUUAUGGAGUGGGUUAUGUCAGUGGGUUUCAUGGAUCUGGCUUCGGAGGUGGUCUUCACGGAGGCUCUGGUUACAGUCAGAAAGGUGGAAUCCAUGGAGGCUCUGGUUUAGGCCUCAAAGGUUUAAGCCAUAAAGGGGGAAGCCCAUGGGAGGCUUGGUUUAAAGGUCAAAGGUAA